CGAUACGUCACUUUCCCCUCUAUAGAGACGUAUAGACAUCGCCAUCGUUUUGAGGUCGUCUUUUUAUUGUGCGUAUGUGCUAGUUCCAAGUUCUGCGCUGCGUAUUGAAGGCACAGAUCUCGCCGGGUACAGAAAAUGUCGAACUCGGCGGGGUCGGACAUGGAACCUGGCAGUGAAGACGAAGGUCCUUGCAACGUCGCCAGUCCGUCUCCUGUGGCAUCACCUGAUUCAAACAACAACAGUGAGAGUGGGCAAAGCCCACCAGGCUCUGACAAUGAGGAUGGAAGUGGUCAGGAGAGUGGCCAAGAAGACAACAACGAUGAGGUGACCAGGGACUCCGGUAGUGAAGGGCAGGGGGAUGGUGCAGGGAGUGGGUCGGACAAUGAAAAGAACAGUGAUGCAGAAGUGCGGAGUUCUCCAAGCUCUCCUGCUGCUGAGAAUGACAGCGCCACUGGUGACCGGUCAGCAGGAGAAGAAGAAAAUGAAGAUGGCCGGGAAAGCAGGCAGAGCUCAACUUCUGGUGCAGGCGGGGAGCAAGGUACAGCAGAACAGGCACAGUCGGACAGUGGGCAGCAGCAAGAUGACGAUGAGGCGCCAUCAUGCCAUGACAGCCCGCCUGCAAGCCCAAGCCCUUCAAACACUGGUGCUGAAGAGAGAAGUAGUGCACCAUCAUCCCCCGUGAGGAGGAAUUCUGAUGAUGAGAAAGACUCGGACCGGGAGGAUGCAAAAGAGGCGGGAUCGGACAAGGAGGAAGAUGAGGAGGACAAGGAAGACUCCGACAAGGAGGAGGACAAAGAUGAUAGUGACAAUGAGUCAAAUGUUGGAGAACUGAUUGCCAACAUCUUUGGUGACAGUGAUGAUGAAUCUGAAUUUGAGGGAUUUGGAAAAGAAGACCUCGUUAGCACAAAAAAGAAGGACAAAGCAAAGAAAGCAAGGAAGGUGCUGUCUGACAGCGAAGAGGAGGAUGACCAUGAAGACAAGCAGGAAGAGAAGGUGGCUGACUCUGAUGAGGAUGAGGAGGAGAAAGACAUGGAGGUGUCAGUUGAGCCAGAGGACCACGAGGCAGACGAAAGUGAGCAGCCAGCGCCGGUUGCAGUUAGCCAAGCUGUGCCAGAUGUGUCUAGCUCUGAUGAUGAACUUGAGCCUGACAGCCGUCGGUCUCGAAAUUCCGAUUUCAUGUCAGACUUCGAUAUUAUGAUGGCCAAGAAGAAAGAAGAAAACUCCAAGCGGAGAAAACGGAAAGAUGUUGACAUCAUUAGUGACACUGAUGACAUCAUAGUUGAAAUAAUUAAAGAAAUGAAGGCUGCAGCAGAGGAAGACAAGGAGCUGAACCAGGCUAAGCGUGCAGCGACCAAAAAGCUGAAGCUGCUGCCGGUGGUGGUGCCCCAGCUGAAGAAGCUGGACCUGAAAGGUGCCUUCUUGGACCAGGGUGUUCUGCACGUCAUGGCCGAGUGGCUGGCCCCACUCCCUGACAAGAGCCUGCCCCACCUUCAGAUCCGCGAACACAUGCUGCGCCUUCUUGGAGAGUUCCCGCCUCUGGACCAGGGGUUCCUCAAGUCAAGUGGCAUUGGCCGUGCAGUCAUGUACCUCUACAAACACCCCAAGGAGAGCAAGGAGAACCGCGAGAGAGCAGGCAGGCUCAUCAAUGAGUGGGCCCGGCCCAUUUUCAACCUCAACACCAACUACUCAUCCAUCUCCAAGGAGGAACGCGAACAGAAGGACUUCGAGCGCAUGCCCCAGAAACGCAAGAUCAGGAUGGAGUCAACCGAGGAGGAGCCGCCAAGUAAAAAGGACAUUGACAGGGCUUUGACUGGAGAGGACAAAUCCCUGAGGCCAGGGGAGAAGGGCUGGGUGGCAAGAGCACGGGUGCCAAUGCCAUCUACCAAAGACUACGUGGUCCGGCCAAAGUGGAACUGUGACACCGAGUUUGUCAAGAACACUAAGAAGACAGUGACAAGGCUUGACAAGCACAUGCGGAUGAUUCAGGAGAGGAAAAAGAAAUCAAAAGCACAGAGAGCUGUCACUAUCAGCAUAGAGGGAAGGCAUAUGUCCUUGUGAUUGACUUCGUUUUUUUUUUUUAGGAUCUACAAGAUGUGCCACAUUACAAUCGCAAAUGUAAAGAAAUAAAGUAUGCGUGUGACAGUUUGGA